GGGUUUUGAAUCUUUAUUUUUCAUCAUGUCUAAUGAAACCAAAGAUCUUAACAACUAUCACUAUACUUCAUCGUAUAAUCAUUACAACAACAUCAACAACCAAAAUAUUUUGAAUCUCCCUUACGUUUCUGGUCCAUCCACUUAUAAUGCAAACAUGAUCUCAUCACAAAUCGGCUACGAUCUACAGUUGAGUCCUCAAGGAGUGUACGAAUCGGGUUUCGAGCUCUCGCCAUCUUCCACCGAGUUUUUUAAUCCUUCGUUUGAUCAACAAAAUGAUUUUCACAAUGCUUUCAAUUAUAACACUAGUAACAAGAGGCAAGAAGUUGUCGGUAGCGGUGGUGCAAUCAUCGAGAGUGAAACUAGGGUUUCUGCAUCUCCUUCGAGUGAGGCCGAUCAUCAUCACGACGAAGAUUCCGGCAAGAGCCUGAGGAAAAGAGAAGCUGACGAUGGAGGAAAAUAUGAUCAACGUGCUCAGAAAGUAGAUUUCAGAGUUAAAACAAAGAAGAAAGAGGAGAAGAAGCAAAGAGAGCCACGAGUCUCGUUCGUGACCAAGACCGAAGUUGAACAUCUCGAAGACGGCUAUCGUUGGAGGAAGUACGGCCAAAAAGCAGUCAAAAACAGUCCUUAUCCGAGGAGUUACUACAGAUGCACGACGCAGAAGUGCAACGUGAAGAAGAGAGUUGAAAGAUCGUACCAAGAUCCAACUGUCGUAAUCACAACAUAUGAAAGUCAACACAACCACCCGAUCCCGACCAGUCGCCGUUCCGCAUUGUUCUCCGGACCUACCACAUCUAAUUAUAACUCUCCAGUUUCUGAUUUAAUCAUCAAUACUCCAAGAAGCUUCUCAAAUGAUGAUCUCCUCCGAGUGCCAUACGCUGCUGUGAAUGUAAACGCUAAUUAUCAGCAACAACAAAACCAAGAGUUUCAGAAUGACUAUGAGCUUUUGAAGGAUAUGUUUCCUUCAGUUUUCUUCAAGCAAGAACCUUGAAGAUAUAGUUGUACUAUUAUAUAGAAGCAAUAUGGAAUGCAUGAUAAGUGAUGGUGUUAUGUAAUUUUGCAUGCAUAUAUGUAUACUUUAGACCAUAGGAUAUAAUUAAUGUUUAAUUGUUAGCCAUGGAUAUGGAGUCUCUU